AUGAAAGUGAAAAAGGAAAGGAAAAGGGCCAAAAGGGAGAAGGUCAAUUCAAAUGAUUCCAGGUACAAAGCCAGACAAGCCCAGUUAUGCACCUUUUCGAGCUUCGUUGAUGAGAGCGACAGGAGGUCCGGGAGGGGCCGCACGGCCGUUGUUAUAAUAAUCCGGAGUAUACCACAAGAAGGCAACAUAAAGGGACAAGGUGCAGAAGUACCCUUUGGAGCCAAUCCGCGGGGCUACCCGGACCUUGAUGAGAGGGGGAACUGUCAACGCAUUCAUCUCAUUAGGGCAUUCAUUUUACAGCUGGAAGAGAGUAACGAAAGACGGCAAGGAAAUACAGUAUUCUUACCAACACCAUGCAGACAAUACGUAAAAAUGGAGAGGAAAGUCUCGCCCAUUGGUGAAUAUAAAAGAGUGGACAGGCCGCACCGGCAAUCUGGUUGGAGACCUCAAGUUUACGACGUGAAACCCAAGGAUAGAGAGGCCUUGGGCAGCAGAAAUGUUUCCACCCACAUUGUUACGGGGCGCAGGGGUAACGUAUGGUCUGCGUGGUAUUCCCAUACAGUUCCAGCCCAGCCACAGACGAGACGAGGCCGUCAGAGACAGCAAUUACCCAGUACGCGCGGAAAAACUGUCAGGGGAGGGGUGAGGAAGGGGAUUGAAGAGAUCCCGAAGCAUCAAAUAAUAACUGGCAGGCGACCAAACUGCCUAGAGAGAGUAAGGCCUGUUUAGCGCAAUAUAAUGCCUGAAAGUUUGCUGAGGGGAAGGUUUCGGCUGUGGGUAAAUGUCAUGAUAGGGCAGAGGGGAGCUAGGCGGAGCAUCAGCGAUCUUGGUGUGGAAACAUCGGCAAACGGUGGAAGGUAGGAUGCAUGGAAUGGCUUUCCGCGUUGUUUGACUCGUGCUCUGAACACCAGAUUCGAAGAUCAUUUCGGAUCAGCUCUCAGUGGAGUUUCGAAACAACAUGAAUGGUCCGCGUUUUGGCGCCUUAUUAAC